AUGUCGACUACUGAAAAGAAUAAAGAUAUAGUUAUCAUCAAUGAUAAUGUUAGUGAGGAGAAUGAUGAUUAUGAUGAUUAUGAUGGACAUAUAGGUAACCCUCUGACGAUUUCUGACUCUAGUGCUGAGAGUAAUAAUGGUGAUAAUAAAGUUCCUAAACUGCGCAGUGAUAUAGACACAAAUAAUGAUUUUAUUGCAUUCUCUGAUUCAUCAGAAGAUGAAAAGGAAAAUGACGACAUUAAUGAAAAGGAAUCAAAGGAUGAAGAUGCAAAUAUAUUGAAUAUGGAUUUUCCUUGGACUAUAAACCGUGAUCAUUCUAAACAGAAAGAAAUUGCAGACUGGUUAACGUUAGAGAUUAGAGAUUUUGUAUCUUAUAUUUCACCAAAUCGGAAAGAAAUUGAAUUACGUAACCAAACUAUUGGCAAACUUCGUGAUGCAGUACAGCACCAUUGGCCUGAUGCGAACUUACAUGUAUUUGGGUCCUAUGCUACUGAUUUAUACCUACCUGGUUCAGAUAUUGAUUGUGUUGUGAAUAGUAAAGCUGGUGACAAACAAUCGAGAAAUUGUUUAUAUUCGUUAGCUAGUCAUCUUAAGAAGGAAGGAUUAGCGGAAGAUAUUGAAAUAAUUGCAAAGGCCAGAGUACCAAUCAUCAAAUUUGUAGAGCCUUUAUCAAAAAUUCACGUCGACGUAUCAUUUGAAAGAACUAACGGUUUAGAAGCGGCAAAAUUAAUUAGAGGUUGGUUAGAUAGCACUAAUGGUUUAAGAGAGCUGGUACUUAUUGUAAAGCAAUUUCUGCAAGCUAGACGACUAAAUAAAGUUCAUACCGGUGGUCUUGGUGGUUUCUCAAUCAUCUGUCUUGUUUACUCGUUUUUGCAUUUGCAUCCAAGAAUUCUCGCUAAUGAGAUUAAUCCAAUAGAAAAUCUUGGUGUAUUAUUAAUAGAUUUUUUUGAAUUAUAUGGUAAAAAUUUUGGUUAUGAUCAUGUGGCAUUAAGUGUAAUGAAUGGUAAAGCUACUUACUUACCAAAGAGUAAUUGGAAAGAAUUACAUCCAAUAAAAUCUACAUUCCAAUUGGCCAUUCAGGAUCCAGGUGAUGCAACAAAUAAUAUCAGCAGAGGUUCCUUCAAUAUAAGAGAUAUCAAGAAGGCAUUUGCGGGCGCAUUUGACCUUUUAACAAAUAGAUGUUUUGAAUUACAUAGGGCCAAAUUGAAAGAUAGACAAGGUUGUAGCAUAUUAGGAAACGUCAUUAAAUACAGAGGAAAAGCAAGAGAUUUCAGAGAUGAAAGAGGUCUUGUUGAAAAUAAAGCAAUUAUUGAGAACGAAAACUAUCAUAAAAGACGUAGUAGGAUUAUUCAUGGAAGUGAUAAUGAAGAGGAAGAAGAGGAGGAGGAAUCAGAUAAAGAAGAUGAUCCUUAUAAUAUAGAAGAACCUCCAAUGAAAAAAUUGAAACGUAGUAGCUCUAUCAAAGAAGAUGACGGCAAUGCUAAGAAAAAACCAAGAAAGGAGAGAAAUAGACGCCAAAAGGAAGACCAAGAUGACGAAGAGGAAGAAGAUGAUUACAAUCCAUUGAAAAGAUAA